AUGGGCGGCAUGGCUGCAGUUCUCAUCAAUAAUGUGGACGUUUACGCCAUAGCAAAUUACUACGACAUACCGCCACUGCAGAAACUUGCAACCAGCAAGUUCGACGAUUUACUCACUGCCUACGCCUGGGAUUCAAAAGAGUUUCUCAGCGUUCUUCAGCACAUUCACAAGAGAAUACCCGACAAGACAUGUGCUUUGCGACAGAGGGCUGUCAAAGCCGCUGCAUCGCAUAUCCAAGACAUUGUUUACACAUAUUGCCCCGAUUUCCCCGCCGCGAUCUGCGAUAACAACGACCUUCCCGGAGACUUGCUGGAGCAUGUGGUGUUUCGGUACGAGGAGCAGCUGGACGAGGGUAGGACCGAGCUUAGGGAUACCGUGGCGAAGCUUAGCCGGACCUGUAUCGAGCUGGACAACACUGGGACCGAGCUCCACGAGACUAAGACCGAGCUCGGUAAGACCAAAGUCGAACUCGAAAAGACCGCGGCGGAACUCAGGAAUGCUCAGGUUGAGCUGGAAAAGAGCCGGACGGAGUGUGCAAAGAACUGCGCCGACUAUACAAAGGUCAAGGCUGAGCUUGAAAAGACUAAGAGGGAGCUUGAGGAGACCAAGAACAGAAUUCCGUGGCCGCAAAAAGUGCCAGACUUUGGGGGUUUCGGAGGGUUGCAGCGUCAAUCACAAUCAGUACUGGCACAGAAGUGA